CAAAUCGACCAAUAUGAAGCGGUUUCUUGCACUAGUAGGGCUGAUAGCCCUCGGCGAAUGUCGACCGGAACCGCCGGUGGGCUACAACUACCCUAUUCCAACCCCUUUCUCAUCCGGAGACAGCAGUCAAUCAGAACAAUCCCUGCUAAGGAAACAACCCACGAUUCAGCCCUUCCAAAUCCCCAGCCGGUCAUACGGAGUACCGAUCUUAUCGUCCACUACAGCCGAAGCCAGCUCGACCCCUAGUAGAGGGUAUUUAAGUGACUUACGCUCCAAUGUUCAAGAGGACUACCCUUCAUUUAGCAACUCCCCUCAAGCAGCACCAGGGCCUCUUGUUCAGAAGCAUAUCUACUUUCACGUAGCGCCUCCAUUCGAAGAGGAGGAACGACAGGCUAAGAUCCAGGCAGCAGCUAACCACCAGAAACAUUACAAAAUUAUUUUCAUCAAAGCGCCUAGUUACGCCGCACCUGCCGCUCCUAAGUUACAGCUUCAAGCCCAAAACGAGGAAAAAACGUUAGUCUACGUGCUGGUGAAGAAACCGGAUGAAGCACAAGAGAUCGAGUUAUCCACCGCAGCACCCACGCAGCCCAGUCGUCCUGAAGUAUACUUUAUACGAUACAAGGCCAAAGAAGAUAGGGUUCAAGCGCAGCAGCUUCAGCAGCAAGUGGAAGAUACUGAUUCGGUUGUUGCGAGUAAAGGUACGAGUGGAGGUUCCAGUGAUAGUUCGAGUUCUGGUUCAGGAGCUAGGUACGGAGCUCCAGGACAAAGUGGGCCUUAUUGAGAGGCUUUCAGAGUGUGAUAUGGUUAGGUAAUAUAUAAAAGCUAGACUAGAACAAAAUAUAUGAUAGCAAAUAAAACGUAUUUUUUACACUUCCGUGUUUUAGUUUUGGUGCAAAAAUAACAUAUACUUUGUCCUUUGUGUCUUUUAAUGAACCGUUUUCUUUUUAAGAAUUUUGCACGUUUUUGUUUUUAUUUAGUUGUUUAUCUCUGAAUAUAAUUACCUAUUUAAAUUAAAAAAAAAAGAUGAUUCCUAUAUAUCCAUUGUAGUGGCCUAAAGAGGAUGUAAUAAAACGUCUAAACAUCAGCCUAAAACAAAUAGAAUGAUGGUGAAUUUAACACUAAUCUUCUUUCCUUUUAAUAGAUGGGUUACUACUACACCCUUAGUUAAUUUACACCGCAUUUUAACCAUUAUUAUAGUA